AUGAGCUGGGCCGUAUACAUCCCUAAGCUCUUAAGCUCACAACUCUUUUUCCGCAUUCCCCAAACGAAACACAACUUCUCAGACCAAACAAUCGUCGUCACAGGCGCAAACACCGGAUUGGGCAUUGAAGCUGCACGCCUCCUCGUCGAUCAAGGCGCCGCAAAAGUCAUUCUCGCUGUCCGGUCAAUUGCGAAGGGAGAGGCAGCCGCUGUCAACAUCUUGAAGACCACAAAAGCGACCAAGAAUGCUGUCGAGGUGUGGCAACUCGACCUUUCCAAUCAUGACUCAAUCAAGGCAUUCGCAAAGAGAGUUUCCGGCUUGGAACGAUUGGAUGCCGUGAUACAGAAUGCAGGGAUCAUGAGUUUGCAGCGCGCCGAAAUUGAAGGAGUGGAGCAACACAUACAAGUAAACGUCAUUGGCGCAGUUCUCGUGGGGCUUUUGGUUCUGCCGAAGCUUCGCGAAACUGGGAAGAAAUUUGGUGUUAGGACAAGGCUGAGUUUUGUCGGAAGCGACCUGAUGUAUGUUGCUCGAGCAUCCGAAACAAAGACAGAGGGAUCGUUAUUGAAAGCGCUGGGUGACGAGGAGAAGGCGAACAUAAACGACAGAUACCCAACGUCGAAAUUGCUUCUCUUUUAUGCCGUCCAAGAGAUCGCAAAGCGGAGUGCACUGUCUGCAUCUUCUAAUGUCGUCAUCAAUGUCAUGACGCCCGGCGCCUGCAAUAGUGAUCUCAUGCGCGACGACAUCAACAUCGUUGUAAGGGUCAUCCAAUCUGGCAUGAAAAGCCUCAUAGCCCGGUCGACGGUAGAUGGCGGGCGACUACUAAUCGAUGCCAUUAAACCCGACCUGGCAGAGGAAACUCAUGGUCGAUUCCUCAUGGAUUGCAGGAUUGGCGAGAACGGUCCAAAUGUUGAGAGCGAUCAGGGCCGAAUUUUGGCAAAGAGAUUCAAUGGAGAGCUGUUUACGAGGCUGGAUAUGAUUGCGCCCGGAGUGACAAAGAUUCUCUAA